AUGGGUCAAGCAUCCUAUUCAUUUCAGCACCCCAGGUCAAUGGACAGCUAUGGGUUUAUUAACACGUGCUUAAAGUCCUUGAUAAUUGACAAGUUUGGAGAAGAAACAUGGGAGAAGCUAAGAAAUCAGGCUGGAGUUCGAGAUACUUUCAUGACAUUUGAAGUGUAUAAAGAUGACAUCACAAUGCGAUUAGUGGAAGAAGCAUGCAAAAUUCUGGAGCUAUCACCAGACGUGGUUUUGAAACAGUUUGGGGAGUAUUUCUUUGAGUUUUGUAAACGGUCCGGCUAUGACCACAUGCUCAGAACUCUUGGUGGAAGCCUUUUUGAGUUCAUUGAGAACCUGGAUGCAUUGCACAGCUACUUGUCACUCUCCUACCAGGAGAUGAACGCCCCUUCAUUCAGGGUAGAGAAGAAUGAUGACGGCACCAUGCAUUUACACUACUAUUCUGAUCGAAGGGGGCUGUGUCAUAUUGUUCCAGGCAUUAUCGGAGCAGUAGCCAAAGACUUUUUCAACAGCGAAAUCUCGAUGGAAAUUGUUAACCAAAUGGAGGAAGAAGAGAGGACAGGGAAAAAGGAGCAUGUUGUUUUUCUCGUCACUCAAAAGUCUGCCUUUUCACACAAGCGACGAAGCAAAUUAUCUGCAACUCCUGACACCUUGUCUUUGCAGGAUAUGGAAAAGGCUAUGAACAAGACCAGAAACAAAAACUACCACAUGUCUGUCUGUCCAGUGAAAAAAAAACACUGGGAUACCGUUCGGGGAAUUGUGAAGCUUGGCAAAGGCAAACUGUUGAGAGGAUUUGAACCAGUUUACCCCAAGACGCUGUGCAUAGAUUUAAUGACCUUUUGCAAUGCUUUCCCUUUUCACAUUGUAUUCGAUGAAGAGCUCAGGGUGAAGCAAGCCGGAGUGAACAUCCAAAAGAUUGUCCCGGGACUGCAGACUGUGAGCAUUCACCUUGACCAGUAUUUCACUAUUAUUCACCCGGAAGUGACCUUCACAAUACCUAGCGUGAGGAAAUUUAUCAACAGCCAAUUUGUCUUGAGAACGAAAAGAAAUAUGAUGCCGGAAUCAUGGAAGAGUCGCCCAAUGUUGGAAUUAAGAGGUCAGAUGGUGUGGAUGGACUCUUUGCAGUACAUGUUAUACCUGGCCUCUCCUCUCCUGCGGAGUCUGCAUGAGCUGGAGGAAAGACAGAUGCACAUCUCGGACAUUGCCCGUCAUGACGUCACGCGAGACCUCAUACUGCUCAACCAGCAGAGACUGGCGGAGAUGGAGCUGUCCAACCAGCUCGAGAGGAAGAAGGAGGAGCUGAGGAUCCUGUCAAAGCACCUCGAGGAGGAGAAGAAGAAGACCGAAGCUCUGCUCUGCGCUAUGCUCCCCAAGCACGUCGCCAACCAGCUCAAGGAAGGAAAGAGAGUUGAGGCAGGUGAGUUUAAAGCGUGCACAGUUCUGUUCAGUGACGUUGUGACGUUUACCGACAUCUGCUCCGUGUGUGAACCUAUCCAGAUUGUGUUCAUGCUCAAUUCCAUGUACCUCAAGUUCGACCGGCUCACCACUGUUCAUGAUGUCUACAAGGUGGAAACCAUUGGCGAUGCUUACAUGGUAGUUGGAGGAGUCCCUGUACCUGUAUCAAGCCAUGCAGAACGUGUUGCUAAUUUUGCCUUGGGAAUGAUCAUAGCAGCCAGAGAAGUAACAAACCCAGUCACAGGGAACCCCAUACAGAUCAGGGUGGGGCUGCACACUGGUCCAGUCCUGGCGGGAGUUGUGGGUGAGAAGAUGCCUCGUUAUUGCCUGUUUGGAGACACUGUGAACACGGCCUCGCGAAUGGAAAGCCACGGUCUUCCAGACAAAAUCCAUCUCAGUCCAAGUGCCUAUGGGGCUCUUAAAGACAAAGGCUUUGAAUGCAUUGACCGUGGUGAAAUUGAAGUGAAAGGCAAAGGGAAAAUGCACACUUACUUUCUGGCUGGGAAUCUAACCGCCACGGACGACGAGAUCAUGGGGUAUCCAGUGAGGGAAUCUGACUCAGGGCGUGAGUCAGCCCAGUCUCUUCAUGAUUCCAGGAUGGACACGCUACAGAGACAGGGCCCUCGAGGUGUGCAAAGUCUCCAGUCCCGAGAUCGCCGCCCUACAGUUGCCAUGAAGUAUUCCGACAGCCCGACACAACCCCAUGCCAAGGCUCCCAGUAAAAGCCACCCAAGUAUUAAGGAUUUGACAGGCAAAACACGAGAUUCACAAAGCUACGGAAGCCUCCACAGUGACCAGCAGUCAGGAGACAACCCCUAUCGGCUUACGCAGGCGACAGUGGAACCAGCUGCCAGUGAGCCAUCCAGCAGAGAAACAAGAAAAAGGCACACCAAAUCUAAUUUUUGUGUGUUACUGUAGCAUGUGUAAGCAGAG